CGUCAGCGCCUUCUGAUCAGCCGAAAUCCCUCAUAAGGUGGUGCGCGCUCCCGCUCGGCUCUUGAAUGGGGGCUCAGUCCAGCCGGUGACAGCUCAUCCGGUAGUAACAGCCCACGGUCCGCUCCUCCAGUCCCGGUCCGCCGUUCUCAGACACGCCGGUCCUCCACGGGUCCGCUCCUCCGGUAGCUCUCCGUUAUUCAGGAAUGAGCAGUGAUGGCCGGCUCUGCAGCAGAGGAGAAAACCUUCCGACGGUUCCUGGAGCUCUUUAUUCGCGAAAUGAGGAUGCCUCUGCAGGAGAGCGACCCGGUGCCAACGCGCCCCUUGUCGGACCUGGUGUCUGAGGACGAGGUGGAGGGAGAGUGUCUCGACCUGUGUCUCCAGCACCUCUACAAAUACAACUGUCCCUGCUCGCUGGCCGCCGCCCUGGCCAGGGCCACGGCUGACAGCCUCCUCCAGACCGACCUCUCCAUCCACCACCUCCACAAGACCGUAGAAGAUGGAGCUGACCCAUUACCACAGAUGGAGUCUGUGAAGCUGGCUCGGCUGGUGUUUAACAGACUGUUUGAGACAUGCUGCGUCUGGCAGAAGGAGCUGCCCUACCGCCGUCGUCCACAGCCAUACUACGAGACGUCCAUCCACGCCAUUAAGAACAUGAGACGCAAGAUGGAGGACAAGCAUGUCAUAAUUCCCGACUUCAACACUCUCUUCAACAUUCAGGACCAGGAGGAACAGGCCUUCUUUGCUGUGUUUGAUGGUCAUGGAGGUGUGGAUGCUGCCAUUUAUGCUGCCAACCACCUCCAUGUGAACUUGGUCCGGCAGGAGUGCUUUAGCCAGGACCCCAACGACGCGCUCUGCAGAGCCUUCAAGCUGACCGAUGAACGUUUUGUAAAGAAGGCCUCCCGAGAGAACCUGCGCUGUGGAACGACGGGCGUGGUGACGUUCCUGCGUGGUCGGACCCUGCACGUGGCCUGGCUGGGAGACUCCCAGGUCAUUCUGGUCAGGAGGGGGCAGGUGGUGGAGCUGAUGAAACCCCAUAAACCAGACAGAGAGGAUGAGAAGCAGAGGAUCGAGGCUCUGGGAGGGUGUGUGAUCUGGUUCGGUACAUGGAGGGUGAACGGCAGCCUGUCGGUGUCCAGAGCAAUAGGCGACUCGGAGCACAAACCCUACAUCUGUGGUGAUGCAGAUCAUGGUAUUUUCCCAUUAGACGGCUCAGAAGACUACCUGAUCCUGGCCUGUGAUGGCUUCUGGGACACAGUCAAUUCAGACGAGGCAGUGCGGGUGGUCAGCGACCAUCUCCAGGAGAACAAUGGAGACACGACCAUGGUGGCACACAAGCUGGUGGCCUCGGCCCGCGACGCAGGCUCCAGUGAUAACAUAACUGUCAUAGUGGUGUUCUUGCGGGACCCACGCUCUCCACCACCCACCAGCACAGAGGACGAGGAGGAGGGUGUGGUGGAGGGACCGGUGCAGGAGGAGGAAGCUGCAGAGGUGGAGGAAGAAGAGCAGGAAGAAGAAGAAGAGGAAGAGGAAGCGAUGAGGGUGGAGCGAGAAGGUGGCGAGGGGGGCAGCUCUGCAGACAUCGGGGGGAAGAGCCGCGGAGGCUGGCCCCUGCAGCAGUGCUCUGCUCCCGCUGACCUCGGCUAUGAAGACCGAACGGACUCAUUCACAGACAGAACUAGCCUCAGCCUCCUGGGGCCGUCGCUGGAGGGCCGGAUCUCCCUGAUCCCAGGCUCACGGAAGCCCUGCUUCACCUUUAGUCCCGACCUGCUCACAGUCUCCCGUAGCUACCAAGGAGAGCGCCUGCUGAGACGCAGAUCAUGUGUCCCAUUUCAGGAGCCUGGCAACUCUAGCUUUACGGACCCACUGUGGCCCCAAACAGCCAUGCUGUUAGGCCAAGCAGUGAGGCGAAGUCACAGGCGCGGGCAUGGUAGUCACCAAUGGGGCCGGAGGUGGCCAAGUAGAUCCAGAGAGCCGCUAGGUCUGAUACCGUCUGGCCACAUGCGGUUCUGCUCCAACUGGAGGCCUGAGGCGGUGGUGCCUCACUUUGAUAAAAGCAUCUGAAGGGGCAAGCCAAACCAAAUUAUUUUAAUUGUUUCAUCACCUCUCCCCGCUCCCCCAGCCCGCCCACCUCUGCCUUCAACAACACGUCUUUCUUUGAUAGUAAAUAGUCGUGGCUCCUGCAGUCGUUCCGUGGUUAUUCAGUCUUUAUUAGAGAACUAACCCGUGAAACACAAGCCCCACCGCUUUCUAAUGCUUUAGGUCAAGUCCAAACAGCAUCCUCCCUGUUGUAACGGCAAUUCUUAGAAAAAGGCACCAAGGUAUGGCAACAAAUAACUCAUAAAAGACAAGAACAGAUGUGGUUUUACUGAAGUCAGUGCAAAUACAAUCUGAGCUUCAGGAUUAAGAUUCUGAAAAGGCUCACCUAGACUCUAAAUCAUGCCUUCAUCUAUAGGAGCCUCGUUCUGUAUCGGACCCUAUUAGUCCCUCAAGUCAUUAAAAAAAAACAACAAAAAACACGAACUUGCAUUCAGUAUGAAGAUGCGUUUAACAUUCAUUUCUGUGCCUGGUUGCUCCGCAGAGAAAAGUUAUUUAUUUUUAACAAACAUAAAAUGUAAAAUAGGGCAAGUUUUGUUGCUCAGAAUACAUAUAUGUAUAAAUAUAUAUAAACACAGCAGCCAGAAGGGUCUACAGCUGGGUCACAUCCCCGUGUUUUCCCCCUUUUCACAUCACAAACACUCAAACAGAUCAUUUAGCCAUUUUUUUCUGGCAUCCUGUACUGUAAUUUGUUGUUAUUUAACAUAGGUAGUGUGUGUCCUAUCACUAAUAUGUUUUAAAAGAUGUUAGCUUAAAGUAAUGGUAAUACAUUUUCUCAAACUUCUACAAACUCUUUUGUAGCUGUACAGUAGAAUUAAUCAUAGGACCAAAAGGAAACAAGAUGUCCAUUUGCUGCAAAAUCAGUCCUUUCUCCUCCCGUUUGAUAUAAACUAGGUCUAAAAAGCAGAGUAAGAAAGAGACAGAUGUGGCGCGUUCCAUCCAGCUCUUAUCUGUCUGCCUUUUGUUCUUUGGUAGCAGAUGAAAAACACUUCAACACGAGGCUGGAACUAUUCUGGUUCGUGGCAUUGAAGGCACAUUCUGUUCUGCCCCUCCCAUGCAGUCAAUGACCCAGCACUUAUCCAGCAACAAUUUGUCUACAGAUAAAAGCAUAUACCGGCAGAUUAUAAAAGAUUAAAAUCCACUUACCUGCAUAAAUGUCUCCAGAUUGGAUAUACUCCUGGGUUAAUGGGUUUCUAGUGGGAGAGAAAUAUAGUUUUAGUAAUGGUAUUUACUUUUACUCACAAACACUACUUUUUCAAAAUAAGUAUUUUAUUUUGAAAAGCUUGUACAACCUUGAUUUCUGUAAGAACAGGCAUGCUCAAAGUUUGGCCCGGGGCCGUUUGCGGCCCUCUGAGUGGUUUUGUGCAGCCCCCACUUUCAUUUAACCGAUGUACAAUGACACAUUCUAACAUUUAUGUUUUUAAUUUUUUACUAGUAUAUCUAUUCUGGAUCUGUUUUAAAGAGUACAUAAAAAGACAUUACCCUAAAAUUAUUUUUGCAUUUUUUAAAGAGCAAGUUUAAUGAAAAAGCAUUUUUACACAUUCUUCCUGAAAUAGGGUCAGUCACUCUGAGUUUCACUUGCAGGCUGAGCGUGAUUGUGUUCUACCCUUAUUUCCUGCAUUAGCUGCCGUUAGAAAAUAGACAGAGAAACAUUUAAAAAGACAGUCAGGUAUACAUCACACUGAGUGCAUUUACACGCACAUCAGAAAACCGAAGUAUUGCCCCAAAAAGACUCACGUCGUUUUUAUUUCUUUCUUUAUUUCUUUAUGCACGUAAACGCGUUAGUCUGGCAGAAGGCAAACUGGUCCUAAUCAUGCUGAAGCACCCAGAUGCGGUAGCAAUCCAAAUACGUGUAAACGGGUCAGCCGAACUGAAAAGAUUGGACGCAAGUGCUUUGAAAGUGACGAGACCGCGGAAGCGGCCUUCUGAUAAUGUCAUCGCCACAAGGUAACACGCGUAACACUGUCGAACAGUACAGUACGUGCCAAAUAAGCUUUGCUGCAAUGUUGUUGUGGUCCAGUCUUUUAGCCAUUGAGCAUAUCCUGUUUCCAUUCUGUCAGCUUCACUCCCGUUAGCGUUUGUUUCCAUUUGUGUUGCUAUAAGCAAACCGAAAGAAUGCUGACAUGAAAGGGCGCAUGUCGCCUCCAUUUAUCUUGAGAGGCACUAUAUAAAAGAUUGAUUUCUGUAUUUCUUUAUUCCUUAUUAUUGUACCGGAGUGAAACAAACUUUAUUUGAGAGGUCGGCUUUCUACUGUGCAUGGAGGAUAAAGAACUCAGCUUAUUACCAUGAGAUCGACCUGUAGCCACUUAGAUGUUGGUCAGUGUGCACUGAAUGAAAAUUAGCAUUCAUGGACUCAACCACCUUGGCUGAUGGCGGGGAAGGCUGCUGUUGAUUGAGCAUCUAGGAAAGCAGCAGCACGUCUUGGCUAAUAGAAGCAAACCGUAGCAUUAGCAACUCCUCCACAGAGCUUGUUCAGGCUUGUUUUAUUUGUGGAGAUAAAACAUUAAUGUUGCAAAGCAAACUGAGUCGUUGAUAGAGUUAUGUUGCUGUCAGCCAAUCAGAGGUGAGAUGUCAGGAAAUAAGACUCCAACACCUGCCAUCUUUUGCUCCCUAUGCUCUCACUUCUACUUCCUGAAACAGGAACAGCAGAGCUUUUUUUUUUACCUCAGAGAUCAACUCACAAGGCACGCAUUCAUAUUAGAGAUGACUGCAAAUUUAAAAAUGAAUAAACUUGGUCUUUAAAGAAAAAAAAAUCUAAUUUUAGGCCCACAAGGACUUUACAAUUCUUGCCCUCUUCUUGAAAUAUUUGGACACUGCUGUGAAGAAGAAAAUUGAAAAAUGCAAAAAAAAAUUUUUUUACAUGUAUAAUAACACUACUGAUAAAGUAAUAAAUAUUUUUAGAAAUCAGCUCAAAACAAUACUUAAAGUUUUCUUGUAAAAUAAGCUAAUUAAAACCACUCUUAACAUUAUAAUUAACCUGCAGCUGUUUAGCAUUACUUGAUCAUAAUCUGCAGGGGUUGUUGCUGAUCGGUGAAAAAUCACCACAUUUGCUGUAGGACAGUAGAAUCAAUGGCACACAUGCAUAGCGGGGGGUGGGACUACCCUGGGUUUUAAUGCUAAGCUAGGAUAACCAGCUGCUAAGCGCAGUAAGUUUAAGAUCUGAGAGUGGUUUGGAGUCUAGUCCCUAAAAUGUUUAUAAAACAGCAUAAAGGAUGUGUUACGCAGCUCACAGUCUGAAGCUGAUCCCUUAACGAGUAACAUUUUGUUAACAGUCCCUUUGCAUUAGUGCAGCAAACAUCCCAGUCAUCAUCAACUGAGGGAUAGCUCCCUCGUUUUAAUCCACCGAGGCCAGCUCCCAAAGCCCCACAGGAAACUUUUUAAUUGGAUUUGUCUGCUCCAGAUUCUGCAGAGCAGUACCCCCCUCGCUGCUGUCUAAUACUCUAAGGUUAUAAAACUCUUUCAUUGUCAUUAUUUCACAAAUCGAUCACUUUGAAGUUUUUCCAGUUUUGUGUUAUCCUUUUUUUUUUUUUUACACAUGAUGCGGUAAAUUUGCCAAAUGCUUGUGAGAUUUAGGUGUCUCCAUCAUCGCUUCCCCUUUCACCCUUGCUGGUCUUGUCCUGCUACCAAGCUGUGGAGCAUUAGUGGAGCAGAACGUACUUCAAGUCCCAGAAUGUGGUGAAGUAGGUCAACAUGAAGUGAAUUUUGUCUUCUUUUCUGUUUGUGAUUCUGGGGGGUGUCUAGCUCAUAAGAAUGUACUGUUAAGACUGUCAGUUCAGACUAAAAGCCAUUAAAUUCCCUCGUGGAGGUCUGUCACCGCGUUGGUUUGGAAGGGCCUGAAGGACACGUGCAACAAAGGGAAUCACAGUCAUAUAGAAUAUUAACUUAAGCGUGCGUGUGUGUGGGUGUGUGUGUGUGUGUGUGUGUGUGUUUGUGUGUGUUUGUGUGUGUGUUCCAAGUACAAUUUUAAGUUGAGCAAGGGCUGAAGGAGUGUACAUAAAUUAAUUUUGUCUUUUAAAUCAGUGUUUUUUUAAUCCAUGUGUCACAACGCUCAGUAGUUGGAGAAACCAUAUAAAUCUAUGAGCGCUGGAUGAAGGAGGUGACGAGGACAUGAUUUUAUUACAGCUGAAAAAAUAAAAACAAAAAACUGACCAAGUAUUUAUAAGUGUUAACCUGUCUGGCUUUCCGUGGAGUCAUACUAGUAAGCCUCCCAUAGCUUAGCUGCUGUUUCACCCUGCUUCCUCGUCCCGACAUCACAAGAAAGAUGUAUUUAAUAUAUAAGAUGAAUUGUUUUCAUCAAAAUAUUCUCUAGAAAGGUGUAUUUACUCCCAGUCCUGUUAAAUGGAUAAUCAGCAGGUUGAUUUGUAAUUUAUUAAUUAGAGGUUGGGAUCUUGCUAUAUUGACAAGUGAUAGAUUAUUAUGAAAACAACCACAUGUAUAUAUUUUCUGUUAAAAAGUUAAACUCAAGUCAAAAAAUAGCUUUAAACAGAUUAUUGUUUCUAUUUUAUAAAACAAAUCUCAAGCCUUUUCAUGAUCACUAAUGCAGUUUUAAUUUGCCUUUUUUAGUUUAUAAAAUUAAACUAAAUUAUGUCUGCAGCAUGGAUCAGACUUUUCUGCAGCCUCAUUCUAAAUACAAACCAAUAAAGACUCAGAAGUCUGGAAUUAUUAUUUAUUAUCAGUUCAUCCAGGGUUGGAAACUUGGAAUUGAGGUCUUGCUUCCUAGCAGCCUUCAAGCUGUGUGCAGAAAAAGCAGCAGAUGUGGAGCUGGUUGACAAUCUGAUUUCUGUCAGGGUGACUGCGGGGGGUCCAUGAGUGUCUGCACAGCAGCAGCUGGAGUCAAAUGUUUUCACAUCCGUGCAAGAAGCAGGACCUCAAUACUGGUGCUUAGAAAUGGUGAAACUCGUCUUCGAGAUAUUCUAGCUUUGUUUUGUCAACUGGGAGGAAGUUCUUUGAUAAAUGUUUGCAUUCAGUGAGCAGGUUUGAACGAUUUUGUGUUUUUGGUUAACGUUUCUGGGUUGGAGAUCCAUGAAUUUCAAAGAUAUUGUGCUUUGGAAUUCAUAAAUACCUGAAAAUAAAUGAAAAUAAAACAUUUUAGAAUGACUAUCCUGUAAAAAUCUAAGUGUUUGUCAUGAUAACACGAUCUUAUGUUGCCGUUAGAGGGGUUUAAUGGCUGAGACCACUCCACAGAAAGCUGUCAGGUGCUGUGGGAUGUUUCUCUAAACUUUGCUGAUUUUCAUUUUGUUGUAGCAGCAAUCAGUGAAAUCGUUGUUCACUAAAACCUUUUCAAUUAGCCCUUCAGUGCUGCUUAUACUCACAAAUUGUCACAGUAUAAGCAACAAAAUGGAAUUUUUGUUUUUCCUCGUGGUAAAUCCUCCUUCACUCGUGCUCAGCUUGCACUAAAAGGAUGUUUCUGUCCCUUCGUGGUGAAAACAGAGGAUCGUCUCUGUCUGCCCGUUCUCUGUAGGGCCCCUCACCAAUCUGCACUGUCCAUGCACACACAACAAAAAGCGUUUUUAUUAUGUUUUUCUUUGUAAGCAAUAAUGGCGUUGCAUUAAAAGGCUUUCUGAGGGUUUGUCUUCCGCUGAAGGAUGCAGUAGUUCUGAGACAGCGUUGGUGCAGGUCCCUGAAGACAGCUUCGUGUUCUUUUCCACACCUGAGCUUAGCUGUCAUUUCAGUUUAAACGAUUUUUAUGUUGAUGAAUAAAAGUUACGAAGCUUUCUUGAGGAUUUGAUAGAGGAGGUAGAAUAUUUCCAUAUUAUCAACAUUCCUCAGUGGUAAGAACUUAGGACUUACUGGACCUAUGCACUGUUCAGACCAGUGGCCCCCUCUCUCUGGUCGUCUGGGCUUGAAGACAAACCCCAUGAUUGACUCUUCCUGAAAAUCCAGGUUAGGUAAAAGAAGAAACAUUUAAACACGUUGAGUACCUGUGAUAUGUGUGUUCCUGUAGUAUAUAACUAUGUGGAUUGUAACUGGUGACUAACUAUGUAUAUAUAAAGAAUAGACCAAG